CGCAUUCCUGUCGUGACCACGGUCCAUGCACCUGGGUUGAAAUAUCGACAAGUCCCAUAAUAUUAUCAUGAUCCGAUUGCGCGGGCGCAGCCGCAGUGAGCAUCGGCAAGGCGACUGGCGAGCUCGUGCGUGUGGUAGAAUCGAGUUGUCAAGUGUGUGAUGUGAUCUUAUUGGACCACUUAUUUGUUGACGAGGGGCUAUCAUCUCGUCCUGUGGCUUGUACAUUCAUUCACGUAAAAUGGUACAAAGGUUAAUUUUUUUAAUUGUGACCCUAACAUGUGGCGUUACGGAUACCAUAUCGUCACCACAACUUAUUCGUAAGACGAUUUCGCUCGAAGAAUUAGUGCCUCUACAGCCGCACUUUUUUCCUGAGCGAGUGGCUGUUCAGUGGAUAUCAGAUACGGAGUACAUAGUCGCAGAACCUGGUUCGAUAAACAAAUAUGAUGCUCGUGACAAUAAUUAUACCACGAUUAUAGGUCAAGAUGAACUGUUGAAUCUAAGCCGAUUUGAUGUGUCAUCUUUUUCAAAUGAUCAAAAGUAUUUGCUGUUGUCUUCAAAUAGAAGAAAGGUGUACCGAUAUUCAACUUUGGCUGAGUACUUCGUGUAUAACCUUGAAGACAAGUCCAUUAAAAAUAUCAGCCAAGGUCCGCUACAGGUGGUCGUAUGGGGCAACGAGGAUUCACUGGCCUAUGUUCAGAAGAAUAAUGUAUAUUACGUUCCGAACGUCGCCAAUCCUAAAUCGGUAACAGCCCUUACUAGUGACGGUGUGAGCGGACAAAUUUACCAUGGCGUCACUGAUUGGAUCUAUGAAGAGGAAGUAUUUAAUGCUGCGGAAGCAAUGUGGUUCUCGCCUAACGGAACCUCCUUAGCUGUGGCUUCCUUCAAUGAUACUCAAGUCGAGUCUGCCGUUUACCCCUACUACGGAGAGCCUUCCGAAUUCGACUACCAGUACCCUUUGAUGGUCCAAUUCAAAUAUCCUAAGGUAGGUCGCACCAACCCUGAGGUGCAGCUACGAGUGUUCAAAUUGAACGAGUCUGGUAGUAAUGCAAUGGUUAUACCUGCGCCGGUUGACAUCAUUGGCUUGGACCACAUCUUAGGCAGAGUAAACUGGGCGACUGACCAAAACCUGAUUGUAUUGUGGCUAAAUAGGCGGCAGAGCAUUAGCGUGCUGACUAACUGCGAUUUAAAAUUGGACAAGUGCAGUAUUAUAAAACAAGAAACUGAGCCCAGUGGAUGGAUCGAUAUCCGAGAGCCAUUUUUCGACACAACUGGAACUCAAAUGCUAGAAGUCCAGCCGUUAUCUUACAACGAUCAAAGAUUUAUGCACGUGGGACGUUUGGAUUUUAACACUAUGCUUACAGAAGAUUUAAGUCCUGGCAAUUCGACUGUAACAGAAAUAUUGGGUUGGAAUCAAGAUACUGACACCGUUUAUUACAUUAUUUCGCCUGGAACUGUACCUUGGAAAAGGGAAUUGUGGGCAACUUCGAGCGGAAACGCUAAAUGUGUUACGUGUAACAUACCGCAUUGUCAUCAUGUUGACGGAAUGUUUUCAACUGGUGGUAGUUACGGUAUUGUAACUUGCAGCGAAUCUAAUAUCCCUCCAAGUUCUUAUUUCUAUACUAGUCAGAAUGAUACGUUUAAUCUGCUGACUGACAACUCAAGACUGGUUGAAAUAUUAGCUCGAUACAAGAUUCCUAUGGUAUUGUUCAACAAAAUGCCUCUAGAAGAAGAAACGAUGUCACAUAUUAAAUUAUUAUUGCCUAGUGAAAUGGAAGCGGGGAAAAAGUAUCCAAUGGUUAUAAGAUUGUAUUCUGGACCGGGGACCACUAGAGUCAAAGAUGUUUACGAUAUGGAAUACUACAACAUGUACUUAAGUAGUAAUCGAAGUUUCAUAGUAGCUUCAAUCGAUGUUAGAGGCUCAGGCGCGAUGGGAGUAGAGGCAAUGCACGCUCUGAACAACGCUCUCGGGACAGUUGAAAUCACUGAUACUUUAGCUGCUAUAAGACGUCUUAUAGCAACAUACGAUUUUAUUGACCCAAAACGUAUUGGCGUAUGGGGCUGGAGCUAUGGCGGUUACGCGACCACUAUGCUGCUUAUCAAGGAUGAAGAGAAGAUUCUAGCAUGCGGCGCAGCGGUAGCACCAGUUACAUCUUGGCUGUAUUACGAUUCAAUAUAUACCGAGCGGUAUAUGGACACACCCCAGAAUAACCCAGAAGGUUACAACAAGUCGGACGUGAUGAUUGUGGCGGAAAAGUUGCGAGGACGACAAUUCCUGCUCAUACAUGGUAGCGGCGAUGACAACGUGCACUUCCAGCAUAGCAUGCAACUAGCGAAGAAAUUGCAGAGAGCCGAUAUUGCUUUUGAGCAAAUGAGUUACGCCGAUGAAAACCAUUCGUUAAGAGGUGUGAGUCGACACUUUUAUCACACAUUAGACCGCUUCUGGACGGAGUGCUUUCAUUCAUAACCGAAAGUAUUACUUACCAAUUGGUACAAUGAAAUAAAAGACUGUGAUUAAUGCUAUGGUGACUCAAUAAAAUAAGAUAAUUUAUAAUGUGUUCUACAUAUUGUGUUAAAAAUAAUGUGAUAUUUAUAAGGAUCGUGAAAACUUAUUAUAAUUUUUUGACACUGAUUUCUUUAAACCGUUAUCUGUCUAUCAUGAUAAUCACGAUACAGUAAUGUCCGAAGUUAAUAAUCGAACUUUUCCUAAAUCUUCUAAAUGUAAGAUUGAAUUUAGUACCUGUACUUGUACUGGAAAGAGUAAGAAAGGAUUGAACUACUCAACUCAAUCAGUUAUCUUGUUUCAGGCGUAAGGUAUGACUUUAUUACACUUCUCAUUCACGUGGCCCGUACGGUGCUCAGAAACUGGUCAGAAAUUUUGUAGUUCAUAUCUGUGCUUCAUCCGUGCCCAGUCUGAGAGCGUGCGAUUUACACUCGUAAGAUUUUCCGGUUGACACCUGGGGCAAUAUGGUCGUGCCAUACAUCAUAUUAGGCACGCUCAGGUCACGGCUCGAUCUUAUAUAUCUCAUCAUUUAAACAUUACCAAAACAGUUGAUAUACAUAUACAGCUGUACUAUGAAAGCUAAGAAAUAUAGAACAUGAAAUAUUAUCCUAAUCUGACCUUAAAAUUAAAACCAUUGUAUAAAAACCUUGACAUUUUUGUUGUGUUCAUUUGCAAGUAAUUGUUUUAAUCAUAAUAAAACCUACCACAUAUUAUAUUAUAACUGA